AUGGUGCCCAUCUUGAUCCACGAAGGGAAUGAAUUCGGCUUCGACUUCCUCGGAUGCGCCGUCGCCGACGCCUCCCUCUCUCUCGGCGACACCGUGACGGCCACCCUGGACCCCACCCUGCCCCCCAGCACUGUCUCCAUCGCCUGCCCCCACCUCGCCGCCCGCCUCUCCAAGGACUCGCUCCAUAACUGUGCAGGUGUUGGCUGCCAUCGCAGCGCUUCGCACCCUCGACAUUCGGCCGUGGACGCCCUCUUCGGCUCGCGCCUCGAGCGCGACGACCUCAUCCUGGCAAGCCUCGAGUCCGAGAAGGCCGUCAGCGGCUUCCACGUCGACAACAUCACGCCCACCAUCUUGGGCGGCUUCGUCCUGGUGCGUAGCUACGAGCCCUUUCACAUGGUCCCGCUGGCUUCCCCACCGGGCCUCUGCCUCCACCUGGUCCUAUUGACCCCCGACUUCGAGGCGCCCACGAGCAAGAUGCGCGCGGCACUACCCAAGGAGGUGGGCGUGCAGCAGCACGUGCGCAACUUGAGCCAGGCGGCAGCGCUGGUGGCGGGUGUGCUGCAGGGGGGCGCGGGGCUGAUUGGCUCCGCCAUGUCGUUGGACGGCAUUGUGGAGCCGAACAGGGCGCCCCUGAUACCUGGCAUGGUGGCUGUGAAGGCGGCGGUGCUGCAGGCACGGGGGUGCACCAUAAGCGGGGCGGGGUCCACGGCGGUGGCGGUGAUCGACGGCGAGGAGAAGAGGGAUGAGGUUGGCGGCAUGAUGGUGGGCGCCUUCUGGAGCACAGGCAAGCUCAAGGCAACAGCAAUCGUGGUUCAGCUCGAUAGGCAUGGUGCUAGGGUCAUGGCCACAACUGCUCUCGGCUAG